AGAGGUCUUCAGUGAUGUCCUUGAGGAGAAGUCAGAGACAAUCUGGACUAUUGUUGAUGCUUCACUCAACAGUGAAUGAGUCUCCUCUGGACUCCUCAUGUACGGACACACUUUCUCUUUCAUCGUCAUCAUUAUCAUCUGACGGUGAUGCUUCAUUCAUGUCCCCAAAGAGACUGCGCAUUGAUGAUACUUACCUAACUUCCCCUGGAAGGGACUCAAGUGAUGACAGUUGCUCACAGGCUAAAGAGCUUGUUAAACAACUUCUUGAAACAAAGCCAGGAGGGGAGAAAAUACUGAGAGAAUACAGACAAACAAAUGAGGUCAAAGACCCGCUACGGCGCAAACUGGUCAACAUAGUUGUUGCCGCAAUGAUUGAGAAAUACGGGAGUGCUCCACCCAUGGAUAUCAGGACACGCUAUGCACUUGGGAUUGUUACCCUGUUUCCCUGUCUCAAAGAUCCGUACUCUCAAAAGGGAUAUGAACACUUCUUUGAUGCUCAGAGCAAUGAAGGCUACAUUGCUUGGAAACUCAAAAAUAUGCAGCGAGAGCUCAGCAGUGGCAGCAGGAGGGACAGCGCCAACAGGGGUCCAUCAAGCAACCGAGGACCACAGUUUGAAAGACAGGUGACUGCAGAGCAUCAGUUGGAGGGUGAUCAGUGUAGGGAGGCCCUAUCCCUGCUGAGGCACAGCACAGAUGAGGGGCAGAUCUUCACAAAAAUGAAACAAACAUUCCACUACAGACAGAAAUUGAUUCAUGAGCCAGAGAGGUCCUGCACGGUGCUCAACGUGUUCCCCAGAUUCCUUGACACUAAGGGCCUGAUACUUCAGGACUUCCAACUACUGUUAGGAGAAGAAACCUCUUCCAAACUUAUGGAGAAGUGGGGAACUUUUCUGAAGCCGAAAGUCAUUAAAGAAGCCAGCAACCUCACCAAGACAGCUAUGUUGGAUUCCCUAAUACACGCAGCAGAGGAAAAUCCAGAUGACGAUGAGGAAUUGCCAGCUUGGGACAGCGACAUGGCGGCACUGUUGCUGUUAGUCUAUCUCCUUCCUCCACCACCCAGUGGAAAGAAGAGAGCUGUGAAGAUCACUGUUAAGGAGGCUUUGAGUCAUGUCGUCAAGUUUCACAAGUCAUGCCGUAGCCUUCAGGACAUCACAAGUUCUGAGCAAAGGAGGCAACCCUAUAUUCUUGCAGUUGGGACAUCAAGGAACAGUAUUCAUGACUACUACAUUGUGCUCGACGGUCAGCUCAUUCCCUGCAAGGCUAAGUCUUCACUUCCAGCUUUUGACGAACUAUUUAAAGCACAUUAUGUGUUUGGCAUCUCCUAUGAUCAGGCUCUGAACAACAUGUACACUUUUGUACAGACCACCAUUUACAAUAUUGACGUCGGUCUUUGCCAUGAAAGUCCCAGAGUGAAGGAUCUUCGAGCUAAGCUGCUUAACUGA